ACCAACCAGCUGUCCAGAGGGCAGAGGUCACAGUGCUUGUGUCACAGUCAAGGGUUACACUAAGGACAUGGUGACAGACUUUGAUGAGAAACACGAUGAGUAUUUGAUAUUGCUCCAGCAGAGGAACCGGAUAUUAAAGCAUUUGAAAGCCAAGGACCCCAUGCAGUUGAGGCUGGAGCACCUGGAACACGGGUUCUCUGUCUACGUCAACGGGGCCAAUUCUGAACUGAAGACAUCCCCUCGGAAAGCCGUCCACUCCAGCUUCUCCAGAAGUGCCUCCCACACCGAGGGGACUCACGAUUGCGGACGAAAAACCCUGUUUCGAGAAGCUGAAGAAACUUUAAGACGCAAUUCACGGACAGCCCCCAGCAAAGUCCAGCGCCGAGGAUGGCACCAG